ACGUUUGUUAAGGUUUCUUUCACGUCAUGUUUGCUCUUUUUUAACACAAAAAAUUGUCUGAGGUUUAAUGUCGCUUAUUUUUCUGUAUUUUACAGUUCAACCGUAACUUCUGUGUUGUUGGCUGACUGUCUACUCAGAAGUAUCAAAUCAACACGUUUGCCUCAAGUCAGGCUGUUGUGCAGAUGGAAAUCAAACUUCACGCUCGUCAUCAAAUGAAAGUAGUGCUUUUUUAUAAUCUCCGUUCUUUGUGCUUUUUCGUUAUUUACUUACUUCAGGCUGGUUAUUACUAACAAGUUGCUUCAAGUUUUAAAGGAUUUGCACCUCAUGAUGCUUCCAAAAAAUCCGUCAUGUAUUUAUUUCAAAAAAGUUGGAAAAGUUUUUUUUAAACAUAUUGAUCAACAAAGUUUAUCAUCCUCGUGGUUGUCAUAGCAACAAAAAUAAGCGUCAACAAACCUUUGGCAUGAGAGUUGAAAUUGAAAGAAAUUAUUCUUAGAAAGUUAAUAUUUUAAUUAAAAUAAAUUCUCAAGCGUUUCGUGCAUUUUUUUUGUUUACAUAAAAUAUUGCUUGUAUGCCGUGACAAAGCGGUAUUUGCACAAAACUUAACGGUAGUGCUUAUUCAAUACUUCAAUACAUAAACUUGAAAUUUUUUUCAAUAAAAAAGAUGUCUGCCAGUUGUCUUCAAACGCAGAUCUCGCAAAAUGGAAACGAAGAAAUAACUUCAUCGAGAUUUAAUGUAAUCCACGAAGUCUCCACACUAAAUGAAAGUAAUCAAACUUUAGUGGAAAAAAGCCGUCGACAACCAGUAGUGGCAUUAGCACAUCAUUUAUGUCAUGGUAAGAAAGACGCAUGGCAAUCGUCAUCGAAUGAUGAAAAAGUUUCUAUAAACCAAGAGCGAAACAUAGUUGAUUUUCACCGCAUAAUUAAUUUAGUUCGUAUAUUGUGUCGGGUUUGCAUUGCAAUUCGACGUUACGCCGUCAGUAAAACCGACAGCCGUGUUAUUUUAGACAUUCAACACUUUGUAAAGUCUUCAUCCAACGACAACAUGCCUGACUUGCCGGAUGACAAUAAAUCGGUGUAUUUUAAUAAAGCUCUUUACAGUGUGGAGAGCAAUCAUGCAUUUCCACUUUGGGCUAGACAGAUAUGUUCGCAGCCAUGUGAGGAACGAAAAGAAGCACAGAUCGAAAAGUUGUGCAAGUAUCUGAGGGGAAUCUGCACCUUUUCUCGAUUUAGCUCUGCAACACAAACUGAAAUAUGUCGUCACGCAACAUAUAAUCGAUAUGAUAAGAUGAGAAUAAUUUUAAAUCAGGGAGAUUAUGCGGAAUACUAUUACAUACUUAUAUCUGGGAAGGUAUACAUAAAUAUAUCCAGUAUAGAUCGAAAUACGGGAAUCGAAAUAACGGAAACGGUGGACGAACUGAAAGAACAUGAAACUUUCGGCGCGACCGCUCUUUUACACAACACAAGACGAACAGCCUCCGUCGUGAGUGAAACAUUUGUAGAGGUACUGUUAAUUGAUUCAGAAACGUUUUCAAAAUACUGCGCUCAACAGUUAUCCUUACAAAACGAAAAUGUGAAGAACUUUCUAGAAACACACGAUGUUUUCGCAACGUGGUCCAAACGACGCUUGCUACGGAUAGCGAACGACGUCAAAACCAGAUUUUACCGGUCAGGCAAAAUUAUAGACGUUGAUAUUAUGAACUCGAAAUACAUUUAUUUUGUUAUGGACGGAGAGAUUGAUGUGUUUUAUUGUCAUAGAGAUGACGAACGACGGUGGUUGCACAGCAAGAAAUUAAAACGUAAUGUCGGUAUUUUGGGAGGUAACCGCAUUUACGCGCCGGAUACAUGUAACUUAAUUAGCUUAUUAGAGAAAGGGCGUGCCCAACAAAAUGUGCGAUCUUUAAUUAUUAGCCACGGGGCGACAGUCUUGUAUAUACCGAAACUACGAUUUCACGAAGUCGCACCCAAAAACUUUUUAGCAACCCAUAAAAUCGUUUCGCCGUUUCGCAACCUUACUGAUGUCGAUUAUAAAUGUGAAAGCCGAAAAGCCAUAAAAUGGUUAGAAUUCCGAGCAAGUACAGCGAAAGAAAGCUCCAGGUUUUAUAAUAUAGAAUAAAGUGAGAGCUAAUUGUAAUUAAAGGUUGAUGCGUUCUUAAACAUCUGUUUAUUAAAAUUUUUUGUGAAUAUUUGCAAAAUCCGUAAUGAUCAGCAAAUAGUCAGGAAAAGGUGUGGCUUUAUUUGCAAUCUCUUGUUUUAAUCACUGACUUUUCUUGGUAACUUAAUUGGCAUGUUUACUCUACAGAAUUGAACAGCUUAUGUCUUUAGCUUAUGUCUUUAUUUAUAUUUUUGUUCCAUGCGAACUUUUUGUUUUAUUGAAAAAAAAGGAUAGGUAGAUUCUAUAUUGCGGUAACGACACUUUCUUUGCAAGAUUUUUGAUGUCUAGAUUCGUAGUUGAUGUUAGUGUUAAACUGAAAUUGUACGAUUCUUGUGUUUGACCAACGUAAUAAGGAAAGUAAUCUCGUUAAAGUUUGACAAUAAAUUUGAUUUGUCGGGAGAGGCGGUUGACAGGUUCGUGGAAGAGCUCUAGAUGGGAUGGGAUGUAUAUUUCAACACCUACUAACGAUGCAGAACCUCCUAUGGCACCUCCGUCUGUUCAAAUGUAAAAUUUGUUUUUAAAUGGAUACCAAUACAAGUUCAACCAAACGCAGGAAAUCCGGUACAGAAAUGUUUUUCAAAUGAACAUCGUUCUUGAUAUGGUAUUUAAUGUUUAAUUGUUCUUUGUGGGAACAUUUGUGUAGAGUGACGUAAAUAAUAUCACACAUUCGUCA